CCAGAGGCACGUCUUCUUGGACGUGCAGCGGGAUUAAAGAGAGCAUCGCCGGAUCUUUUUUUCUUCUUUUUAACCAUCAUCGCGUCAUCGGGGAGGAGAAGCGGAGCGGGCGACGAAGAUACGGAAGCAGGGAUGGAGGACAGUCGCUCGGUUCUCGGGGUUCGGGAGGCAGGGCUUUGGAAUGUGUCUCGCGGACACGGAGCGACGCUGUGAGCGCGGGUAUUAGCAGGCAGCUGCGCACGGAGCCGCUGUCCCCUCCCCUCUCAUCCAGCGCCGUGUCUCUGCCGCUCCUCACAUCAUCGCGCCCGACACUCGCUGCACCCGGGGAUUAGCUUCACACAGGUCGCUCUGCUCAGCCCAGCCGGUGUUCUAGCCUCAAGAGGAUUCCCACCAGUCCCAGAGCACUUCAUCCAGUUCUGAGGAUUUCCAUUGGAGUCACUGCUGUGUGUUAGUCUUCGGUCAAACUCUGGUUUGAGUACAUUCAGCGACGGCCUAUAUUGUGAAGAACUCAUCUUGCGCUGUAUCUCAGCUGAAAUACACUCCUACUGCAUGGAAUAGAACACGCUGAAGGAUUGCUCUCCAUGGUUUCUGCCUUAAUCAAGACCAUAUCAUCCUACAUUGAAAAGAUUUGCAAAGGAAUGUUUACAAAGAAGUUGGCAAAACGAAAAGAAAGAAUUGAAAAUAAAGAGCCUUUAUCAAGUGAUUUGCCAGCACAUAAUCCAACUCUUUCAACCACUUUGAAGACCACAGUUAAGAAGAUCUCUAAAUGCUCUUCGACGCGUAAUAUAUCGCUUGACGAAGACGGUAGCCAGGACGACUGUUCCUCCCUCUCCCCCACCUUUAGCUAUCGUGUGGCGAUAGCAAACGGACUCCCUAAAAAUGUCCUUCUUUUAAAUAACAAUGAUCGCAGCUACCCAGAGUUCCUUUCAGUCAACAGUUGCUAUCCGGACUCUGUGAUUGCCACAAAACCCAUCCGCAGACUUAAUGAACACAAAUCUCACACAAUGCCAGUAAGACGAAACAGGAAGAGCCUCAUCAGCUUGGCUCCUUCUGACGGUAGCUCAGAGGGUGAGCGUGUGGAGCGCUCCAGUUUGCACACGCUGCGCCUGGGAGCCCUGCGCAAGCUGAGGAAAUGGAAAAAGAGUCAGGAAUGCGUCUCCUCCGAUUCGGAGGUGAGCAACUGGAGGAAGACCCUGGGCAUUCGGAGCAAGUCCCUGGACCGGGCCGGGCGGCACCAGAAGAGCUCGACCCUGGAGCCCGGCUCCUCAUCCACGGGCUGCAUCAGUGGCACCCAGGACGUCAUGGAGAUGAUCUUCAAAGAGCUGCAGGGAAUCAGCCAGAUAGAGACGGAGCUAUCUGAGCUACGGGGCCAUGUAAAUGCACUUAAAAGUUCUAUUGACGAGAUCUCCAGCAGCGUGGAGGUAGUCCAGAGCGAGAUCGAGCAGCUUCGAACUGGAUUUGUCCAGUCCAGGAGGGAGACACGGGACAUCCAUGACUACAUCAAACAGAUUAGCCACCAAACUAAUAAUGCAACACUAAAGUUCAUCAAUGUUCCAGAGGAAAGGUCAGAGAAAACAGAGGUUCUUAUAUAUAAAAUUCUAAAAGAUAAAUUAGGAUUUAUAGAUGCGCAUAAAACUAUCAAAAUCGAACUAGCUCAUAGGUUAGGGCAACAAAGAGAAUGUUCCAAUGCAAAACCUCGCCCUAUAAUCGUUAUUUUUGCAACGCCCCAAGAGCGGGAUUUAGUCUUAAAAAAAUGCUAUAAACUUAAAGGUACAGGUAUAACUGUUACUACUGACAGUAUAGCUACUGAAGGCAAGGAAAAAAAAGACAAAGCCAUGUCUUUGUCACAAACUUACGAAAGUAUGGAUAUAAAGAUCUCAGGCAAGGAUAAGGUAGUAGAGAGCGACGACUGGGACUCUAUGGACAGCGAUAAAGAGCUAGAGGAGUUAAGCAGGAACAAAUAUGCAAUGGUCGUUUCGAAGCCCGCUCACAAAAGUAAAUCGGAGAAGAGGAGGUCCCAUGAUCAUAGUCGCUCAGAUGAAGCUGGAUACUCAGGCUCAGUUCACUAUGCUGAAGAUACCUACGAGGAAUCCGACAAGCAUUCAAAGGCAUACUACUCUGAUUUGACUCCUGGCUGGCUAUCACAGAGUGACUACUCUACUCCUAAACUAAGCCGUUCUGAGUCUGAUUGCUCAAAACUCUGCCAGUCAUACUCUGAAGACUUCUCAGAGAGUCAGUUCUUUACCAGAACAAACGGCGGGUCCCUGCUCUCCUCCUCGGAUCAAGAACUGUGGCAGAGGAAACAGGAGGAUAUGGCCUCUUCCUGGUAUGCUAGCCCUAGCCACCCUCUAAGCCAGGAGAACCCACCAUAUGCCGAACAUAACGAGGUUGAGACCACCGAAACGAUUGACAGCGGGGUGAGCAAUGGACUUGUCUGCAUUUCUGGGGAUAGAAGCCACUACAGCGGCUCCCAGCUCUCCUUACAGGGAGACCUUUCCCCCUGGAAAGACUGGCACCAUCUAGAACAAGGUGCUGAUUCUGGCCUUGAAGCCUCUAUUGAGGUAUGCAGCCCCUUUGACCCAUCAACUAUCCCUGGUUUCCCAGAGAAUAUAACUAAAUGCCAAGAGGUUGAUUUACAGUUUGAAGGGGAUGAAGAUUUUAUGAUGCUCGACAGAGACACUUCUCUACCACCGAUUACCACCCACAUCAUCCCUCAGCCAGUAGAAAGGGAACCUGUCACUAAAGCAUCUUCUCGUCAAUCAAAAGAAGGCUCUAAAAUGGUUGCCAAAGAAAACACAAAAGUUACAUCUAAAGAUGUUUCUAAGGCAACAUCUAAAGAGGUUUCUAAGGCUGCCUCUAAAGGUACCCAUAAAGGAACUAGCAAAGUGGUUCCUAAAGAGGAAAUCCCUCAAGUAUCUCUUAAGGAAGUCCCCAAGGUUGCUACUAAGGCUCCAUCUAAGGUGCCCUCGAAGGCCUCAUCAAGGAAAGAUUCCCUGAAGGACGUUCCUAAAACCCCUAAAGAAUCUGCUGUCAUUACCCCUAAAGAGAUUUCUAAAGUCACACCUAAAGAAGGCCCAAAAGCUCCCUAUAAAGAAACGACUAAGGUCAGCUCCAGAGCGACUCCUAAAGAGGCCGCUAAAGUCCCCGCAAAAGUAAUCCCAAAGGAAUUUGAGAUUGGGACCCCUAAAGCUAGUCCAAGACAGUCCCCAAAAGAAAGCCCCAAAGUAACACCAAUUGAAAGCCCUAUUUCCACUCCUAAACAAUCACCCAGAGAUUCACCUAAGGAAUCGCCUAGCGUCAUUGCUAAAGAGCCGCUAAUGUCUCCUAAAGAAGUCACCAAGGUGGCUUCUAAACUAACCUUUAAAGAGGGCCCAAAGGAGAUCCCUAAAGUAGCCUCUAAAGAAGCCCUCAAUAUUGCCCCAAAAGAAGCUUCAAAGAUAAUCGCCAUUGAGACACCAAAAGUGGUCCCCAAGGACACCCUAAACACGGUUACUAAGGAGACUCCUAUGGUAACCCCCGCUACAGGCGCUCCAAAAGUUGAGCCUAAGGCCACUCCAACAGUCGAGCCUAAGGAUGCUGCAAAAAUGGCCUCAAAGGAAGCUCCUAAAGCCCUUACCAAGGUGGUCCCUAAAGGGUCUGUUAAAGAAAACCAUAACAAAUUUCCUGAACUUGAUGUCAAUCAUAGCUUCCACCAGAACCAGACUAAAUCGGCCACCAUGUAUCGCAGCCAGAGUGAGAUUCGGUCAGAGAAGGUGGACGAGCUCCCGAAGACCUGGAGCAGCAGGCUUAGUAUAGAUCUCAGUGAGAAGUCCUUUGGUUUCGGGUUUGGCUCUACACUGCAGAGGGCUAAAUCAGCACUGGAAGUCGUUUGGAAGUCUGGUGCCCCGCCUCCCUCUGCAACCUCGGCCCCCCCCGCCCAACCUGCCCCUGAGGAGCCGGCCACCUCCACUACCUUCAUGGGCCGGCUCCGCAGCAUGUCUACCUCCACUCCGAACGACUCCAGUACGACCACCACAGAGUCAGAUGUUCCCACGGAAACCUUCUCCUCAGACUCGGUGGCCGAGACAGGGGAUCCACCAGUGGAUGACGAGACGCACUAUGUGGAGGUGAUGGAGCAGGUGCUGGCCAACCUGGAGAACAGAACUAACGUCACCGACACGGAGGACGCGGAAGACGCGGAGGAGCCCACUCAGGAGUACGAGACGUCUCAAGACUACGACGAGUCCGACGAUAUCGAGGCCACCCAAAUCAAUGACGAUUCUCAGGACCUGCUGCUUGAUAAUUCACCAGUGUUUGAAGCUGCAGAAGAAGACAUCGAAUCCAACACAGAGGCACUCGUCGUGGAGUAUGACUACGGCGCGGACGAGUCGUACGACGACGACUACAACGAAGACUACAAGACCCACCUGACGGGAGACAUGUCGGACUACGACGCCAUGGUGGAGUACGUGGACGUAGAGGAACCCGACGAGGACAACGACAUGACCGAGGAAAUGGACGGGGCCGCUGAGGAACUGGAGGAGGUGGAUGACAUAAUGGAGGAGGCAUCUGAAGUGUCUCAGAAAGUGGAUCAACAGCAGGAGGACGAAAACAGAAAUGUCCCAGAGGAGAAGCCGGCAGAAGUGGCGCCCAAGAAGCGCAUUCGUCCAACGUUCAAGGAGGCUGCGCUGAGGGCUUACAGGAAGCAGAUGGCUGAACUGGAGCAGCAGAUCCUAGCCGGAGACAGCAGUGAUUUGGACACUCAGACUCGAAAUGUCCUGGACCCCAAAAUACUGGGCCUGCAGACUGAAGGGGUUGGCAGCAUUCUUUAUGGAAUCGACAGCAUGCCGGAUUUACGCCGCAAGAGGACACUGCCUCUCGUCCGAGACCUGGCCUUGACCCUCGCUGCUCGAAAGGCAGGCAUCUCGUUUGCUCUGGUGAACCGCUCCACGCUGAACAAUGAGGACCUGAAACAACACGUCUUCAAGAAGACGCUGCAGGCCCUGAUCUACCCCAUCUCCUCCACCACGCCGCACAACUUUGAGGUGUGGACGGCCACGGCGCCGACCUACUGCCAUGAGUGCGAGGGGCUGCUGUGGGGCAUCGCGCGCCAGGGCAUGCGCUGCUCCGAGUGCGGCGUCAAAUGCCACGACAAGUGCCAGGAUCUGCUCAACGCAGACUGCCUGCAAAGGGCGGUGGAGAAGAGCUCCAAGCACGGUGCCGAAGACAAGACGCAGAACAUCAUCAUGGCGAUGAAGGAGCGCAUGAAGGUGCGGGAGAAGAACUGCCCCGAGGUGUUCGAGGUCAUCCAGGACAUGUUCCAGGUGCCCAAGGAGGAGUUCGGCGCACACCUGAAGACGGCCAAGCUGGCCGUGCUUGAGGGUACCUCCAAGUGGUCCGCCAAGGUCACCAUCACAGUCAUGUGUGCUCAGGGUCUCCAAGCCAAGGACAAGACCGGCUCCAGCGACCCCUACGUCACCGUCCAGGUUGGCAAGACCAAGAGAAGGACCCGCACCAUCUUCGGGAACCUAAAUCCCGUCUGGGAUGAAAACUUCUUCUUCGAGUGCCACAACGCCACCGACCGCAUCAAGGUGCGAGUGUGGGACGAGGACGACGACAUCAAGUCCCGCGUCAAGCAGCACUUCAAGAGGGAGUCGGACGACUUCCUGGGCCAGACCAUCAUCGAGGUCCGCACGCUCAGCGGGGAGAUGGACGUGUGGUACAACCUGGAUAAAAGAACGGACAAGUCUGCGGUGUCUGGUGCCAUCAGGCUGAAGAUCAGCGUGGAGAUGAAGGGGGAGGAGAAGGUGGCCCCCCCCCACGGCCAGUACACCUGUCUGCAUGAGAACCUGUUCCACUGCCUGACGGAGGUGCGCAACAGCGGGGCGGUGAAAAUCCCGGCGGUGAAGGGGGAGGAGGCGUGGAAGGUCUACUUUGACGACGUGUCUCAGGAGAUCGUGGACGAGUUUGCCAUCAGAUAUGGAGUGGAGUCCAUCUAUCAGGCCAUGACGCAUUUCUCCUGCCUGUCCUCCAAGUACAUGUGCCCCGGCGUCCCGGCGGUGAUGAGCAACCUGCUGGCCAACAUCAACGCUUACUUCGCCCACACCACCACCACCACCACCACCACCGCCUCCGCCUCCGACCGCUUCGCCGCGUCCAACUUUGGGAGGGAAAAGUUUGUAAAACUUCUGGACCAGCUGCACAACUCACUGAGGAUCGACCUGUCCAAGUACCGGGACAACUUCCCCGCAGGGAACCCCGAACGCCUCCAGGACCUCAAGUCCACGGUGGACCUCCUGACCAGCAUCACCUUCUUCAGGAUGAAGGUCCAGGAGCUACAAAGCCCCCCCAGGGCCAGCAUGGUGGUGAAGGACUGUGUGAGGGCCUGUCUGGACUCCACCUACAAAUACAUCUUCGACAACUGCCACGAACUCUACAACCAGCUGCUGGACCAGGCCCGCAAGCAGGACCUGCCCCGCGAGGAGCAGGGCCCCUCCAUCAAGAACCUGGACUUCUGGCCCAAGCUCAUCACGCUCAUGGUGACGGUGAUCGACGAAGACCGCACGGCGUACACCCCCGUCAUCAACCAAUUCCCCCAGGAGCUGAACAUGGGCAAGAUCGCCGCCGAGAUCAUGUGGAGCCUCUUUGCCCUGGAUAUGAAAUACGCCAUGGAAGAGCACGACAAGCACCGGAUAUGCAAGAGCACCGAGUACAUGAACCUGCACUUCAAAGUCAAGUGGUUCCACAACGAGUAUGUCCGAGACCUGCCGGCAUUCAAGACCAUCCCGCCCGAGUAUUCUCUGUGGUUUGAGCCGUUUGUGAUCCAGUGGCUGGACGAGAACGAGGACGCCGCCAUGGACUUCCUGAAGGGAGCUCUGGAGCAGGACAAGAAGAACGGAUUCCAGCAGACGUCGGAGCAUGCGCUCUUCUCCUGCUCCGUGGUGGACGUCUUCACGCAGCUCAACCAGAGCUUUGAGAUCAUCAAGAAGCUGGAGUGCCCCAACCCCCAGGCCCUGGCCCACUUCAUGUGCCGCUUCGCUAAGACUAUCAACAAGGUCCUUCUGCAAUAUGCUGCUAUUAUAUCCAAGGAUUACCCUUUGCAUCUAAGCAAGGAGAAUGUGGCCUGCAUCCUCCUCAACAACAUCCAGCAGCUUAGGGUGCAGCUGGAGAAGAUGUUUGAGUCCAUGGGAGGCAAGCAGCUGGACGCUGAAGCCAGUGAGCUGCUGAAGGAGCUGCAGAACAAACUCAACACGGUUCUGGACGAGCUCAGCGCCGUUUUCGGCUCAAGCUUCAGUCCGGUGAUCGAGGACUGUGUGAAGCAGAUGAACCAGGAGCUGGUCCAGAUGAAGGGCCAGGUGAAGGGCAGCAACCCCGCCAUGGACGCCGAGUCGGUGCUCAGACCGCUGAUGGACCUCCUCGAUAAGAAUUUGAUGCUAUUUGCCAAGAUUUGCGAGAAGACCGUUCUCAAGCGAGUUCUCAAAGAGCUGUGGAAAAUUGUUCUGAACACCAUCGAGAGAACAAUUGUUCUGCCACCCCUCAAUGACCAGAGUCAAGGGGCUCAGAUGAUCUUCAACGCUGCCAAGGACUUGGGACAGCUGUCUAAACUGAAGGAGCAUGUGACGAGGGAGGAGGCCAGAAGCCUGACUCCACGGCAGUGUGCAGCCAUGGAUCUGGUGCUGCCCACCAUCAAGCAAUACUUCCACGCUGGAGGGAACGGGCUGAAGAAAACGUUCCUGGAGAAGAGCCCUGAUCUGAGGUCUCUGAAAUACGCGCUCAGCCUUUACACUCAACCUACAGAUGCCUUGAUCAGGAAAUACAUAUGCACCCAAACCGCUCAAGGUCAGUCCUCCAGCGGAUCGGUGGGGGAGGUGUCGAUGCAAGUGGAUCUCGUCUCUCACCCCGGCACGGGGGAGCACAAAGUCAGCGUGAAGGUGGUGGGCGUGAACAACCUCAGCUGGCAGACCAACGCCAUGUUCCGGCCCUUCGUGGAGGUCAACGCCGUGGGCCCGCACCUCGCCGACAAGAAGCGCAAGUUCAGCACCAAGACCAAGAACAACAACUGGUCACCAAAGUACAACGAAACAUUCCAAUACAUCCUGAGCAACGAGCACGGCCCCGAGGCCUACGAGCUCCACGUGUCGGUGAAGGACUACUGCUUUGCGCGCGAGGACCGCGUGGUGGGCAUGACGGUCAUCCAGCUGCGGGAGCUGGCCGACAAGGCCACCUGCUCGGCCAGCUACCCCCUGAUCAAGAGCAUCUCCAUGGACGACACGGGCCUCACCAUCAUGAGGAUACUGUCGCAAAGGACCAACGACGAGGUGGCCAAGGAGUUUGUGCGGCUCAAGACGGACGUCCGCUCAGCGGAGGAAGUGUCGUAA